GCUAUAAAUUCUAGUUUAUUGAAUAUCCAUCAAAAUGGUGGCCGUGACUUCUCUUUUGAGUGUCCGGGCAUUUGUAAUUGGAGCCGCUGGGUCCCCUCCAGCACCAUUCCUGGGCUUUGAUUUUCCGGGCAUCCAUAGAGUUUUGGUGGGUGGUGUUGGGGGGGUAACAUGGGUGCCUGCUGUACUACACAUAUCAAGUACCAAGGUAGACACCGUGCCGAUGACGAUUUGGCGGAGAAAGAAGGUAAGGGUCAUCAGCAGGUUCUUCCCACUCCCGGACAUAAUGGAGCCAUUGUCAGAUUGCAGGGUUCCUCUUCCUUCAUAUCUAUGUACACCCGCAAGGGAAAGAAAGGGAUCAAUCAGGACGCCAUGACCGUUUGGGAGAACUUUAUGGGGGAGAAGAAAUCGUUCUUCUGCGGUGUAUUUGAUGGUCAUGGUCCGUUUGGUCACAAGGUUUCACGCCAUGUACGUGACACCUUGCCCUUCAAGCUUUCUUCAAUCAUCAAAACGUCACAACCUAAUGGUUGCACAGAAAAUGAUGCAGCUGCUAGCGCUGGACAAAGUUAUGGUAAAAAUGAUAGCAAUGGUGUUAACGAGGAUAGAUUUUCUUCUUGGGAAGCAAGUUUAAUUAGAGCUUUCAAAGAAUCAGAUGAAGAACUUAACUCCGGACUGUCCUUUAAUAGUUACAACAGCGGUUCCACAGCUGUAACUAUUGUUAAGCAGGAUGAGCACUUGAUAAUUUCAAACCUGGGGGACUCUCGGGCAAUUCUUUGCACUAGAGGCAAUAAAAAUCGACUCAUUCCUAUUCAACUCACAGUCGACUUAAAACCUCGUUUACCAGAUGAAGCUGAAAGAAUCGAAAAGUGUGGAGGCAGGGUCUUCGCGAUGGAUGAAGAACCUCAUGUACUAAGAGUAUGGGCGCCUGAUCAAGAUAGCCCUGGUCUAGCCAUGACAAGGGCUUUUGGGGAUUUCUGCUUGAAGGACUACGGUCUUAGCUCAAUCCCCGAAGUUUCUUACAGAAGGCUUACAAACAAUGAUGAAUUUGUAGUGUUGGCAACUGAUGGGGUGUGGGAUGUGCUAACAAACAAGGAGGUCAUAACAAUAGUUGCUUCAGUAAAGAAACAAUCAACAGCAGCAAAAGUUUUGGUUUAUUAUGCUGUUCAAGCAUGGAAAAGUAGGUAUCCAGGUUCCCAAGUGGAUGACUGUGCAGUCAUAUGCUUGUUCCUCAAGGAACAGCCAUUAGUAUCAAAAUCCGUGUAUGACCAAGACCAUAACCAUAACCAUGACUAUGACAUGAGCAAAUGCGGAGGAAGUCAACUAGACUUUGCGGAUUCUAAUAUAUGUGGAGACAAGAAAGCUGAAGAAGGCGAGACGGUUAUAAAUUGCGAUUUUACAAUGGAUAAAUCGAUUGAACAGAGGGACUGAUUAUUGAUUAUUUGUAAUGUAAGAUUGAUGCACUAUUGCCUUGUGCGGAAAUAUUCAUAUACGGGAUUUGGAGAAA